AUGGUCAAAAUUAAAAGGCAAGAAGCAUGUAUUUCUUGUAAAAGAACAAAUCAAAGAUGCUCUGUGGAUUAUACCAUCCAUAAGUAUGAGGCAUGUGAAAAAUGUAGACAAUCGAAUCCAAAGAAUACAGUCAAUAAUUCUUUCUCAUCUUCCAACAAUAAUCACGCUAAAACAAGUCGAAUCCAUCGUCGAGAGAGAAAUUCAGAAUACGCUGCCCGCCAAGAUAAAUUGAAAGCAGAAAUUGCUACACUAACGAAUAAAUUAAAUAACUCUAAGAGAUUUUUAGAUUCUCUUGAACAGGAUUGUAGUAAACUUUCCUCUAAAAUCUCUUCCCUUAAAAAAGUAAAAUCUAUUCUCCAGUCUCAAUCUCAAAUUUAUCUUUCACCUGAGGACUUUUCUCUUACUUUUUUUUCGGAGGAAUUGAUUCCAGAACAUUAA